UCACACUAUUUCUGAAACAGAAAAAAAUAUGACGCCGAGCAAUUCCAAUGAUGGGGAGCAGUACGAAGAUCAGCAUAAUAUUUCCACAUUCGCUGUACUGGAUUUGGAGACUACCAAUUUGCCUGCGAACAACAACAAUCGAGUGGGCAUCACGGAGCUGUGUAUUUAUGCAUUUGAAGCAGCUCUCCUGAAGCAAAAUGGUAAGGAAGGAUCCGGGGAAAAUAAGGUGCCUGUACCCCCACUACCCCGCGUAGUGCAUAAGUUGAAUGUACUAUUUCAGCCGUCUAUGAUGGUGCAUCCGGAUGCAGAAAGAUUUACAGGCCUCAACAACUACAUACUGGAACGCGAAUCAAAGUUAGACGAGAACUCUGCUCAAAUGAUCCUUAACUUUUUGGAGCAUUUGCCAUCUCCGGUUUGUUUAGUGGCUCACAAUGGCUGGCACUUUGAUUUUCCUAUUGUAAGGAAAGCGUUUGCUAAAUUAAAUCUGGAAUUUUCCCCUACUUUGACUUGCGUUGACUCACUUCGUGCCUUUUUGGAGAUUGAUGACAAGCAGUCCCUAGAAGAUGGUCUUAUGAAACUGCCCCAAAGCUUGUCCGAGAAAGUGGAAGAAGCGGAACCACUUUCAUUGGAACGAAACGAAAGCGCCCCGAAAAGUUCAAUUCUGACCCCCACAGAAAAUGCUUCAAAGCAAAUUUCAGGAAAUGUCGUUGAUGCCCUGGAGGCGUCUGCUAGUGGAAAAGUGGAGGAAGCUGAACCCAUUAAGGAACCCGACUGGCGGAUGUUAAAUGAAACCACCCCAAAACGCCCAAUUCUGACCCCCACAAAAGCGGCGUCAAAACGUAGACAAAUUUCAGAGAGCGAGGAUGAUGAAUUGGAGGCGUCGUCACCAGUUAAGCGAACACUGAGUUCUCGUCGUCAACUAUUUAGCGGCCUGAAGUGUGCUCAAAAAAAACGUUGGCCACCAAGAGGCAAGUACAAUUUGGGAUCACUGUAUGAAAGAAAAUUCAAUCAGCCACCAACUACUGCCCACCAAGCGGAGGCGGAUGUGGCCAUGGUCACUGCGCUCAUCCAACAUUACGGCAUGGAUUUCAGAGCCUUUGCUGAGGAGCAAGCUAUUCCAUUCAGCCAAAUCAUUCCACUUGGCUCACCCGCUCGACGCAAAUAAUAGCAUCUAUGGAUUUGAUUAUUGUAUAAGGCAUGGCAUGUAUAUUUGUAGAAAAACAAUUUUUUUAUUUUUAUAUACAUAUAUUUUAAUGGGAUUGAUGAAAUUGAUUAUUAAUAUGUAGCUGUGAAUUCAGAA